UUGCGUUAUCCAGUGAUUAAACUAUUUAUGUUAGAUUUCCUGCUUCAAGUGUUUAGAAUGCAUACUGUUCCGUCAUUGUUCCUAAGUAUGUAACUGUAAUUACGUGAAUUUGCUUUGGUUUACAGUAAACAUUCCAAGAUAUAACAGUGAUUCAUUGAAGCGCCAAACAAGUGCCAAUAUUUGAGGAAAUUCGUGUGUACAAAUUCACAUAUAAAAUUGAUCAUAUUCGAACUCGGUUUUCAAAGUAGUUUGAGCAUGGAUUUAAGUGCGUGACAAUCGAAGAAAAAAUUGCAACAUUAGAGAUAUUGGAAUUAGCUCGAUAAAUUUUAUUUAUUAAUCAUUCAACGAAUCAGGAAAUAUGUCUGUCAUAUUGCAAUGGCUCGAUCAUGGGUAGGAUGUUUGAUCGGUAUUUUAAUACCAUCCGCAGUUUUUUACCUGUAUUUAUUAUUAAACGUUCCUUCUGCCGAAAUCAGUUCCUUCAAAAUUAAUGGUAAAUUGGGCUCAUCCGUGAAUAUAGAAAAAGCAAGUCCACAUAUAACUACUUUCGAAAAGUUGCGUUUAGAAAAUAAUCACAAUGAGGUAAAAUGCGAGACCGUGCAUAUUGCGAUGGUGUGCGCCGGAUACAAUUCAACAUUCGCUCUGGUGACAGUAGUAAAAUCCGUUUUAUUCUACCGCACUAAACCUUUGCACUUUCACUUGCUCGUUGAUGAAAUUGCAAAGAGGACUUUGACAACUGUGUUUCAAACCUGGGAUUUACCACAUGUGAAUUUAACAUAUUACAAAGCAGAAAAAUGGGUACCAAAAGUAUCUUGGAUACCGAACAAACAUUACUCCGGUGUUUACGGCCUUUUGAAAUUAAUUCUGCCGGAUGCGAUGCGGGAGGAUAAAGUGCUUGUAUUCGACACGGAUGUGACUGUGCUGAACGAUGUUAGUUUACUUUGGCAUAUAUUCGAGAAGUUCUCGAGCGAUCAAGCGCUAGGGUUGACAGAAAAUCAGAGUCAUUGGUACAUAAAGGCAUUGUCUUACGGUCAACGACCAUGGCCGGCAUUGGGACGAGGCUUUAACACUGGCGUGAUGCUAAUGCACUUGCAACAACUUCGUAAGAGAAAAUUUACGAGUCUGUGGGAAGCUGUUACGAAGCGUGUGCUGGCCCAUAUACCGGAAACUAGUUUAGCUGAUCAGGAUAUAAUAAAUGCCGUUAUCAAAGAACGUCCUUUUAUCGUGUAUAAAAUAAAAUGCACCUGGAAUAUUCAAUUAAGCGAUCAUACAAUUAGCGAUAUAUGUUAUCGUGACACUAGUCAAAUAAGCAUCAUUCAUUGGAAUUCUCCUCGCAAACAAGAUGUAUAUAAUAAGCAUAUUAACGAAUUUCGCAAGUUACAUAGAGUUUUCCUCGAGAUGGACGGGAAUUUAUUACGUAGACGCUUAUUUGGUUGUGAUAAACACGAAACUGUGUCUCAAUACAACGAGUCAAGUCCUUGUCGAGAUUUCACAAAAGGUGCUACCAUGUUGUAUCGUACUCAUCCUUUCCUUCUUGAGUAUGAAUACAAUGUAUAUACUCCAGCGGAUGUUGCUCUAAUAACUCAGUGUAGCGUAGAGAGAAUACCGUUACUGGAAGACCUAUCGAAACAUUGGCCUGGUACCAUAAGCGUGGCAUUGUAUCUCACCGAUGCUGAAGUACAGAAUUUCCUAGAGUUCGUACGCGGUUCCAUCGAGUUGAGAAACAGGAAGAACAUCGCAUACCACGUCGUUUACAAGGAUGGGGAACUCUAUCCAAUUAAUUAUUUACGAAAUAUUGCGAUGUCAUAUAUAUCAACCCCAUACAUCUUUCAAUUAGAUGUCGAUUUUCUGCCUCAAUAUAGAUUACACGAAAAUCUUAUGAAUUAUAUUGUUAAAUUGAAUAUGAGUGAAUCAGAUAAGGUAGCUUUGAUCGUACCAGCCUUUGAAACGGAGCGUUAUAGAUUUACUUUUCCUGCUGACAAGGAUGAACUUUUGAAAUUUUUAAAGCGCGGUGUUCUAUAUACUUUUCGUUAUCACGUUUGGACCCAGGGUCAUGCUGCUACUAAUUAUACUUAUUGGCGUAAUACAAUGGAGCCAUACGAAGUUUCUUGGGAACCAGAUUUUGAGCCGUAUAUCGUGGUCUCAAGAUUAGCGCCCCGUUACGACACCAGAUUCAUCGGUUUUGGAUGGAACAAGGUGUCUUAUUUGACGCAUUUGACAGUAUUGAAUUAUAAGUACAUUGUCUUACCGGAUACAUUCAUUAUUCAUCGGCCUCACGCCCCUAGUCUCGACAUCGGCAAGUUCAGAACUGACUCUAUUUAUAGAAGCUGUUUAAAAAAAUUGAAGGAUGAAUUCGUUGAAGAAUUAAUGUCAAAGUAUGGUGAGAAUGCAUUGUUAAAGUUAAAGAAAAUGACCAAAGACGAAAGAAUAUUAAAGUCUGUUGAAACCAAAAAGUAAUUAAUUAUAUUUGUAAUGAUAAGAACGACUGCGAAAAUUCUGAUAUAUUAUUGCUAUUUUCUCAAUAAAAAUGUAUUUAAAAAAUCA